AUGCUAUCUCUUGUGAUUACACUAAACGAUAUUCUCCAUUGUUCUCGUUAUGACCUUGACAAUGAGACUCAACGAAUCGUACAGGUCCUGAUCAAGGAGUUACAGCCUUGGCGAAAAUUUCUGGAAAGAUUGGACAAGACGAGCCCAAGCCAGAAUGCUUUGGAUGGAAGAAUCAAAGAGGCAGUCUGGAAAUUCGAAGACUCAUUGGAAUCCCUUCUCACUCAACAGAUUCCUUCUCAACUCCAAACUCUUCCAGAGAUAGUCCCCAUUGAUCUGCAGAGUCUGCAAGACGAAGCUCAUUCAUUGAUCGAAACACUCAAGGAUAUGAAGAAGACGUACAUUUAUGAAGUGGAGAAUAUGCCUCAAGACGAACCUAUUACAUCGUCAAUUGGUUUCCAUGGAACAAAUUCUAAGAUGAUUGGAUUAUCCGACCAAUUCCAACUACUCAAAACCGAUCUUAUGAAAUUAAAACACAACCGGAUUAGUCUCCACACGCUAGUUGGAACGGCAGGAGUUGGGAAGACAACUCUUGCUAUGCAAAUUUAUCAACAUCCACAAAUUCAUUCCUACUAUGAGUUUCGUGCGUGGGUCACUGUAGGCCGAAUACCUCAGCCGACCAGUCUAAUUUCUGAAGGCAUUAUUGCUCAACUGUGUGGAAUUGGAAUCACUCAAGGAGACGAAGAAAUACACAACUGCAGUUUGAAAGAAAGAUUGCGUGACAAGAAUUGCCUCAUUGUGUUGGAUGAAGUAUGGGACAGAGAUGCAUUGUUCAGCUUGAAAUUUUUCUAUGAAGACAUCCGACAUGAAUGUAUUCAAGUCUUGGUUAGCAGCCGACGUAGAAAAUUGAGUAAUGAUUAUGGUCAUACUGAAGGGUAUGAGGUUCGGUUUUUGAACGAAGAAGAAAGCAUGGAACUAUUAUGUGACAAGGUGUUUGGUGAUGAGAUUUGCCCUCCUCGCCUUCACAAAGCUGUUGUCAAAAUCGCCAAGCAUUGUGAAGGUCUCCCUCUCUUGAUCAUCAUUGUUGCUGCCAUCAUUUCAACAUCCGAGCAGUAA